AUGAUAGCGAUACUAUCGAUAUUCUUGGUCGUUCUAUUUGCUCCCGGCCAUGUCCACUCCAAGUGUAUAGCGGGCGAGCUGUGCUGGCCAGACGCACAGACCUGGGCAUCCUUCAAUCGCUCCGUGGGAGGGAGAAUGAUCAGCGUGGCCCCUCCAGCAUCGCCAUGCCAUGAUCCAAACUACGACGAGCGAGCCUGCAACACCGUGAGGAGCGGCUGGAACAGUCCGUUCUGGAGGACCGAUCAACCGGGUGCGCUGCAACGGACGAGCUGGGAAUCGUUUGGGGAGCAGCGCUGCCUGAUCUCCUCCAACAGGACCGCCGCUUGCUUCCAGGGCGCGGUCCCGGUCUACGCGGUCAACGUUACUCGGGCGGCCCACGUCCAAGAGGCCGUCAAGUUUGCGUCCCGGCACGACUUGCGCAUCGUGAUACGAAACACAGGGCAUGACUUCCUCGGGCGGAGCACGGCGGUGGGAGCUCUCAGCAUUUGGGUGCACCACCUCCAGAAGAUCCAGUUCCACGAGAGCUUCAAAUGCGGCCCUGGUAGCGACCGUGGCUACUCGGCAGUGACGGUGGGUGCUGGAAUUCAGUGGGAGGAGCUCUAUCGGCAAGCGUAUCAACGAAAGAUGAUCCUGGCUGGCGGGGGAUGUUCCUCGGUUGGAGCAGCCGGCGGAUACCCUCAAGGUGGCGGCCAAAGUUUCCUUUCCCCGCUAAUCGGCUUGAGCGCUGAUAACGUUCUCGAGUACGAGGUGGUGACCGCGGAUGGUAGGCUUGUCAAAGCAAAUGCGUGCCAAAACACGGACUUGUUCUGGGCUCUCCGGGGUGGCGGCGGAGGAACAUUCGGAGUUGUGCUCUCGGCGACGCACAGGACUUUUCCAGCUCUUGACAGCCUUGUCUUCGCUCCUCACAACUUCAGCGCCCCCGAUACCACCACCUUUCAGGGGCUGCUCACUCUGUUUACGAGGUUGAAUCCCUCUCUGUCCGAUGCCGGCUGGUCUGGCUACUUCUUCUCGACGAGCCAGAGCCUGACGCUAACGUUCCUGCUGCCCAACCGGAACGUCUCGUAUGCUUCCGCCACCUUGGCCCCGCUGCUAUCGUACGCGCGGGAGAACAACAUCCGGAUCGACGGGAGCUUGGAGACGUAUGCCUCGUACUGGGACUGGCACUUGCAGUUUCAAUGUGGAGGGCAAGAAUCGUGCUUGGGCCUCAACAACUUGGGAGUCUCGGAUGUCUUCGCAACGAGGCUGAUCCCGAGAUCGCUCUUCGACCACGAACAAGACCUCCUCCCAAAGGCCAUGAUGCGCGUCAUGACCGAGCUGCAAGUUCCAGCUACGUAUGCGAUCCUGGGGGGCGGAAAAGUGCGAGAACCCCAAGACAGCGCUGUGAAUCCGGCGUAUCGCGACGGACUGUGGCUGCUCGUAUCGCCCCUGACUUGGCGGGACAAUGCGACGGUGGCGGAGAUGAGGGCUGCUGCGAAUCUAGUGUCGCAGGCGAACAAGCUCUUCAUCGAUCUCACGCCGGGCUCCGGGACUUACGUGAACGAGGCCGAUUACAACGAGCCCAAUUGGCAGCAAUCCUUCUUUGGGAAGAACUAUCCUCGCCUGUACCACAUCAAGCGCAGGGUCGAUCCUACCAAUCUCUUUACGUGCCAUCACUGCGUGGGUAGCGAAUUCAACUGAGAAUCCAGUGAAAAACAUAGCGAUUCCAUACAAAUGUUGAAAAUGUUACAGUAGCGAUUCAUUGCUUCAAAAAUGAAAAUCUAGGGUUCUUGAGAUGGGGCUCCUUGGUUUCGUUCUUGGGCUCUGGAUUGCCAUUCUAGCAGCUGCCAAGACGGUGAAGCAAGAUCCUCUCCAGCUGCAUUUUCGUCUUGCCAAUUCCAGUCAAGGCAUUGAACGAGCUCAAGGCAGCUGGAGGAUGGAAGGUUAUGUACGCUUGGAUCCCUGUGGGGAUGGAGACGCGGCAUUGUGGCCGGGAAUCACUUGUUCCUCCCCAAAUGACGAUGGCUAUCGAGUGGUCACGGAAUUGUGAGUUUUAAUCGUCACUUUCUUCUUUCUUUCCAGGGAGCUCUUUAAAGUGUCGAUCAUUGGAACGUUCCCGAUCGGUGUCACAAAUUUGCUGGAUCUCAGGAAACUGGACUUGCAUGGCAACAAACUCACCGGACCGAUUCCUCCUCAAAUAGGACGGUUGGAGAAGCUUGUAACCCUGUAAUGAACUUGAGAUGGAGCAAGCUGCAAGACGCCAUACCUCUUGAGAUUGGGCAGCUGAAGAAACUACAAAACUUGUUUUUAAGUUUUAACAGCCUUAGAGGACCUAUACCGAAGGAGCUCACGUAUCUGCAGGAGCUUCGAUACGUGCAUCUUCACGAGAACAAGCUUAUCGGCCGGAUCCCUCCGGAGUUUGGAGAACUUCCUUAUCUCCGACAAUUUUAAGCUUCAGUUUCAUCCAAUUUUCUUAUAUUAUUCUCUCGCAGGGAUGUCAGCAACAAUCAUCUUGUGGGAACCAUCAGAGAACUGCUAAGAAGCGAACAGAAUCGUGCUAAAGAUGCAUUUCCAUCUCUCCGAAAUUUGUAAGCUUUUCUUCUUUUGUGCUUGGAGUCUUAAGCUCGACGUCCCCACAAGUACCUAAACAACAAUUACCUCACCGGAGGAAUACCAGCAGAACUUUCGUACUUGCGCAAUCUAGAAAUCCUGUACUUGUCUUACAACAAACUUACAGGUCCGGUACCGGACGCAAUCGCAAGCAUCCCGAAGCUAACCUACCUGUGAAUUUUUCUCACGCAAAAGCUCGUUUUUCUCGUAGAUACCUGGAUCACAAUGCUUUGAAUGGCCGACUGUCGUCAGCCUUCUACAGCCAUCCGAGCCUGAAAGAGAUCUAUACUGAAGGGAACCAAUUCAGCUCUUCCGCCAAACCAGUUGGUAUACAUAAACCCUAAACCGGAAGUCAUUUUUUAGAAGGCAUGCAGUCUCUGGUUCACGAUUACGCUAGAAGAAGUUGCCAAGGAGAGAUUCAGGGAGAUCAGGGAGAAUAUUACUUUUUCACGUGCUAGUGAGUUCGAUUAGUCACUUUUCAGCUGUGAAGCGUUU